AUGAUCGAGGACGGCUAUGACAUCGAGCUUAUCGAGCUGCCGGCGCUGAACGAGCUGCCCGACUCGAUGUUUGUGGAGGACGUGUCGAUGAUAUACAACACGUGCGCUGUGAUCACGCGCCCCGGUGCGCCGUCGCGCCGCCCGGAGGUGGACCCGAUUUUGGACACGGUGACGGCUCUGCGCCAGGAGCACUACCGCAUCUGUGAGCCGGGCACCGUUGACGGCGGCGACGUGAUGCACGUUGCGAACUCGAAGUACGUGUUUGUGGGCAAGUCGACGCGCUCGAACGACUCAGGGUACGAGCAGCUGAGGGACUACCUUGGCAAGCACGGGCUGGAGUGCGUGCAGUGCGUUGUGAAGAAUUGCCUGCACCUGAAGUGUGCGGUGACUUUUCUGUCGGAGAACACGCUGCUGGUGAGCCCCAAGUGGGUCGACCCGGGGAUCUUCACCUCGCGCGGGUUCAAAGUGGUGGAGGUCGAUUCUAAUGAGCCGGCCAGCGCGAACGUGCUGAGCUUCUCCGCGGAGAAGAAUGGCAAACCGUUGCGCACGAUAGUAACGGCUGCGGAGUUCCCCGGGACUGCGUCGCGCGUCGAGGCGUUCGCGGAAGAGGAGACGGCGCAGGGCCGCCCGACGCGCCAGGUGGUGCUGAAGGCGGACGAGAUCGCGAAGGCGGAGGGCUCGUUGACGUGCUGCUCGCUUCUGAGCUACAGCGCGUAG